AUGAAUGUAGCUAUUAAAGCUACAAUAGCCGAAAAAAAUUCUGAAAUGGAAAAGUUAGAAAAAAGUCGAAAAGCUCAUUUACGUAUGAUAUCCAGUAGUGCCGCCAAAAUUAAAAUGAAAUUACAUUUAACCGAAGAUAUGGGCUUUUGUUAUUUGAGAAAUGGAGAGUGUAGAAAGCAAACAACAUCAGCAGCAACAACUUUUCAUCCAGAUCCAGUCCAGUGUUCGGAAAAUGUAAAAGCUUUACUUUUUACCAACAAUGAAUUGGAUAUUUAUAAAACAAUAAAAGAUGGAAGGCUUUGUUCUUACAUAAAAGCUCAAUCGACAGGAUCUUCGCCAAACACUUUACAAUCUUUUUCACAAAGAGUGACGGGUAAACUGAAUGAAACAUUUUCUAAAUAUGAUAAAUUAUUACCAAGAUACAUUUUAGAUGUUAAAGUUUCAUCAAAUCCAGGAAUUUCAUUCACAUCAUUUAAAACCAAUGAUUCCGAUAUAAAAAAUGAAGAAGAUUCGAUAAAAAAGCGAAAAUUACAGGUGCCAAUUUAUAUAAAUAAUGAAAUAAGAAUGAUAAUAGAUUCAGUAUUAGAAGCCUUAGAAGCUGUUAAUAGUUUUAAAUUGAAAAAAUUUAUGGAAUUGGCUUCCAGCCCAGAAGAAUUAAGAAAUUUAUUAAAAAAUGAAGAAUGGCAUAAUUACAUAACUGAACUUUCGAAUAAACCUUUUAUAGUCAAGCCAACAUCUUAUGAUUUUAUAAUGACUCAUUUAAUGUUUGAUAAAAUUCCAGAAAAAGGAACUUUGGAGCCUGUCGCUCAAGUAUUAGAAAUAUGUAAUAGUGAAAUAUUACAAAAUUCAAUUCAACACAUUCGUAAAGGAAUUUUAUUGAGACAUACAGAAUUAGUGAAUUCAAACAUAAUACCAAAAGGAAAAACAGGAAUUGGAAUAAAAUCGAUGGAACCAUUCAAACCAGGGAAUAUAUCACUCAGUAGUGGCUCUGGUACGAGAAAUUCUAAAACAUCGACAAAAAGUAAAGAUUCAAAAUUUCUUUUUAAUAAAAAUAGUAUAAAUGAAAAAAGUGUAUCAAUCGGUCAAGAAACAUCGAAAAUUGUUAAAACGAAUACUGAUUCAUCAAACAGCACAAAUUCAGGGAAUAAAAAUUCAAUUGAAAAACAAUCGAAAAGUGAUAACAAUCAAUCUAAAGGAAAUGUAGAAUUAGAUAAUUUAUCAGUACAAGAUGAUAAUAAAAGUGUUAAAUCGAAAUCGAGUAAUACAGAUUCGAAUAAAUACAGCUUUCACAAUCUCAGCAAUUCUCAAAGAAUUCUUUUAGGUUUAAAAAUAGCAAGUUUAAAAUGUAAACCGAUUAAUAUGCAUCAAUCAGAAGGUAAAAAAAAACUUGAUUUGGGAUCAAUCGUUGGUCCCAUUGUUCGAUCAGAAACUGACGUGGAAAGUAAACAAAUUUCAUUGUCCAAUAACAAUUCGUCAUUCGCACUGACGGAUAACAAAUCGAAAAAUUUAUCAAGUGAUAUUUCAGGCGUACAAACAAAUGAUAUUGAAAAUUUAACAAAACAACUUUUAGCAAAUUUAAGAUUGGAUAUAUCGGAAACAGAAAAUAAAAAAAGAGUCAAUCUUUUCAUGUCGAAAAUUUCUUAA